AGCACUUGCUCCUCCGCAAGAAAAACAAACGCAAUGGACGUUGCAGCAUCCGCAGACAAGAAGGGACCCCCCAAGUUCAAGCAGAGGGCCGCCCGCGUCUUCAAGAGCAAGGCCCCCAAGCCUGGCCAGAAGGGGUUUGGUGAUGACAUUCCUGGAAUGGAGGGCCUUGGCACAGACUUCACAGUGGUCUGCCCAUGGGAGGCGUUUGGCGACAUGGAGCUCAGUGACCUGGCUAAAUACGGAAUUGUAUAAUUCCCACCCCGUCCUUCCCUGCACCAUCUUCC